CACCUCUCUACGACUUGACAUUUGUUUAAUUUUGACGUUGACGGUCACUGCUGCCAACGUUAUUGCUCCGUCGUGAUUUGUGGCUAAGUUACAUAAAAAUAAGUCCUUAAUUUGCGAGAAAUAACUACGCAGCAUGUUGCGGUCAGCUCUAGUCGCGGCCAACCGGGCACCCAGAUUGUUGAGCAGUAACCUUGCAGGGAGCUUCGCGCCUGCAACCGAAACCCUCAACCUAAAUCGCCGUAACCAGCAGACGAUGCCUGUGGUUGAUCCUGCAAACCCACCACCUAAACGAGGCUACACUCCAUUCGGAACCAAGCAACCGAACAUGGCCGAGUGGACCGUAGCCCGCCUCGAUGAUAUUCUAAAUUGGGGUCGCAAGGGUUCCAUUUGGCCCCUUACAUUCGGAUUGGCUUGUUGCGCUGUAGAAAUGAUGCACAUUGCAGCUCCCCGCUAUGAUAUGGAUCGUUUUGGUGUUGUCUUCCGAGCAUCCCCACGUCAAGCUGAUGUGAUCAUCGUCGCCGGUACCCUCACGAAUAAGAUGGCUUCGGCUUUAAGGAAAGUUUAUGAUCAAAUGCCCGAGCCACGGUGGGUUAUUUCCAUGGGAAGCUGCGCCAACGGUGGUGGCUAUUAUCACUACUCGUACUCAGUUGUCCGUGGCUGCGACCGAAUCAUCCCCGUCGAUAUUUACGUGCCUGGCUGUCCCCCGACGGCUGAAGCUCUUCUCUAUGGUGUCCUGCAACUGCAGAAGAAAGUUAAACGUAUGAGGACUCUUCAGCUAUGGUACCGAAAGUAAAUAAUAAAAUGUAGUUAAAUUAUAACGGUUUU